GUUUCCAGAAUUCUUGGCAUUUUGUUUCUUUAAUGAACAGACAAAAAGAGGUUAACAUCUGGAAAACAGAUCUUUUACAAAAUUUAAAAAUCCUGCAAAUUUCUUAAAUUCUCUUCUCCCUCCUUCCAAGUCGGCAACUUUUAAAUGACUCAUGUUCAAGAUUUGUGUUUGCUAAUUGCACAAAAAUCCCUUCCCUACACUACACUCUUCUAGAUCAAUGGCUCAAAUAUUUAUCCUCUCUUCUUCUUCAUAAUUGUUGUUAAGAAAUCAAGAAUUAUUUUAAACAGGGCAUCAUCUUCUUCGUCUUCUUUUCUCUUAUUAUCUUCACUCAAAUUUAUUCCAUUUCUUUGUCAAUUAGGCUGACAUUUUAAAAAAAGAAACCAUGGGUUCAUUGCUAAUUUCUGAUGGAUUAAUUUUCAACCCAUUAAUCAAAACAAUCCCAUUUGCAGCAAUUCCAAAAUCUUCCUCAAUUUCUUUUAAAAAACCCAUUUUCUUUUGUCUUAAAUCACAAAACUCAAAAUCUUCUAGUCCCUCUGAUUAUAUUAACAAAUUCUUGAAACCCAAUUCAGAAAACUAUCUGAACUCCAUUGUUUUAGCUCCAAAAGCUGUGCCUUACAUGGAGGAGAGAAAAAGUAGGAGAGAGAAAAGAGGUGAUGAGUUGGUUCUUGAUGAGCAAGAACAGAUGAUUGGUUGGGGUAAUAGAUUGGGUAGUAAGCAAAUGUUUGUUUUGUGUGGGUUGAGUUAUUGGGUUCAAGGAUUUAGGUGUUUUCCAUGGUUAGCUCUUAAUUUUCACAUGGCCCACAAUCUUAAUUUUAACCCUUCAACUUUGCAGAUGGUGCAAAAUUUUGGUCUUCUACCUAUGGUGGCUAAACCCUUUUAUGGGAUUUUAUCUGAUGCUCUUAAUAUUGGUGGUGCUCAUAGAAUUCCUUAUGUUUGUAUUGGAGUUCUUUUGCAGGUGUUGUCAUGGGGACCUUUAUCUUUAAUCCCAAUUGUGAGUGAAGCCCUUUCUACUCUUAUGGCAUGCGUUCUUCUCAGUAAUCUUGGGGCAGCUGUGACGGAAGUUGCACAAGAUGCUAUUGUUGCAGAAUAUGGACAGAAGCACAGAAUUAUUGGGCUACAAUCCUAUGCAUUCAUGGCAAUAGCAGUUGCUGGAAUUUUAGGAAACUCAUUGGGUGGUAUACUAUUAUCAAAAGCACAUCCAAGGACACUGUUAUUUAUUUUUACCCUCCUGCUUUCUGCACAACUUUCGAUUUCCUUUAUGACAAAGGAAGAGUCCCUCGGUUUAUCGAAACCUUCAAGUCCUGUUGUUGAACAAGGUUCAGUCUUCAGCAGUAUUAAGAGACAGUUCUCCAACCUUUUUGUUGCCUUGAGUGGGGAUAAGAUAUCUCUCCCUCUAAUAUGGGCUGUAGCUUCUAUUGCUGUGGUGCCAAUGCUCACAGGAUCUAUCUUUUGCUAUCAAACACAAUCUCUUAAUCUUGAUCCUUCAACCAUCGGAAUGUCCAAGGUAAUUGGGCAAAUGCUGCUCUUAUCAUUAACUGUGCUCUAUGAUCGGUUUUGGAGAAGUAUUCCCAUGAGGAAGUUGAUCAGCAUAGUGCAAAGCUUAUAUGCUUUCUCUCUCCUCCUUGACCUUGUUCUUGUCCAACAAAUCAACCUGAAGCUAGGAAUACCAAACAAUGUCUAUGCUUUGUGCUUUUCAGGAUUGGCUGAGACCAUUGCUGUUUUUAAGACCGUACCAUUCUUUGUUCUCAUUGGGAGCUUGUGUCCACCAGGAUGUGAGGCCUCAGUGACGGCCUUCCUCGCCUCAGCGUUGACGUUGUCAUCAAUUGUUAGUGGUUUCUUUGGAAUUGGAUUUGCUUCUGUACUUGGUAUAACUACACACAACUACUCUAGCCUCUCUAUUGGAAUUAUGCUGCAAUUUUUUGCUGCUUUGCUGCCUUUAAUAUGGGUCAAGAACCUGCCAUGUUCACAACCUGCAUUUGAAAAGGAAAGGAAGAAAGGGAGGAGUAAGAGGAGUCGAAGAACCCGCAGAGUUGGAAGAGUGCCGCUUAACUCGGUCUUUUCCUAUCGACAAGAAAGAGAAUCAGAGACACAAAGAUGACCACAUUAAAUGUUCUGUUAUAUAAAUACGGGAAGAAAGCAGAAUGUUGUACUGGAUACAUUUUGUCUUGUGCUUUGGUUCUGAUGAGGUAAUGAUUCGGCUCAAGUACAUUGGGAUUGCUCAAAAGCCUCCUAAAAUCUAUACUCCUGGUGAUUUGCUUUUGGGCGUCAAGCAGAAAGCUGUGACUUUCGGAGUGCUCAGGAUGCGGCUCUUCCCAGCGAAGGAAUUAUACAAUUGUUCUGGAAGACAGUGUCAUUGCUCGAGGAUCAUCUAUGGCUGGGUAAUCGAAUGCUGUGUGUUGGGUCCUUCAGUUCCUCCAUUGUUUUUAUGCAUAUCUAUGAAGAUCUACUGGACUACUGCAUCAAUUUGAACAAGGACCAUAUGUGUCAACUAGUCAUAUCGGUCAUCUGUUUAUCCUCACGAGUAAAAAUUGUGACAGAUGACAAGGAUUUUGAUGCUGGCAAUCGAUGAUGCCUUUCUUCUCUUCCUUGUAUCCAUCCCGAUAGGUUUUCCAAGUCCUAAAAUCUCUUAUAAAUCCUCCAUUGAAAAAAGAAUCACCCCCGGAUAACUAGUUUUAUCUUUGAACAAGUAACACACAAAGCAAAAAGUUGCAUCUUUAUCAACACUAUAUUCAAGCCAAUCAUACUUGUCAAACCAAGAAACACUAAAACGACGCAUACCUCCUAUUUCCCUUUGAGGAAAAUCAUGUGUCCUUGGUCGACAAGGCUUUUUAGUAAUGUAUCCUCUUGUCACGGCAUCUUGAUCAUUAGGAGGAUAUGAUGUAAUUGGCCUCCUAGUUUUCGGAUCAUGUGGUAGGAGAUCAAGAUCAUACAUAACACUUGAAGCAUUAGUUCUAAAACUACUUUGAGGAGUAGUUUCGAGCGGUGAAAAAUUAGGCAACUCAUCCUCAUUUUCUUCUUGAAUUGGAGGAGCUUUAUGAUUAGUUUCUUCAAGUAUUGGAACCUCACGAUUACAUUCUUCAAUUAGAGGCUCCUUUGAUGUUGGAGAAGAUGAAAUGAUUUUCCUCCACUUCUCCUCCAAAAAGAUUCUAAACUUUUGUUUUUCGUCUUCCAAAUCUAGUAUAAGUAAACAUAUUAUUAGAUAUUAAUACCAAAGUUCCUUGUUUCAAA